UUUAAAAGACACGGUCUUUGAUUAUGCCAAGCUUGACCAUCCAAUAAAUCCCCUGUUUCUUGCCUCCUUCGUCACCCUAUCACUCUCUUCUACGUCUCAUAUAAACCCAGCCAAUCCAGCCCAGGCAAGGUGUUAAUCGCGAGCUCCGAUUUCCGACUCUCUCCAUAGAUGGCAUCGGCGGGCAUUCGUUGUCACGGGAACCAACAUUUCAUCAAUACCCGCUGGCCGGGAAACACUCAACCGAUUAAUCAGAAUGCUCGUGUUGGGCUGUGUUCCCUCGCGAUCGAUGCCUGUUCCAGACGGAAACAAUGGAGGAAUUGUUCGGUGUCGAUGGGGACGGGAAUGGGAAUGGCGGUGACAAAGCAUAAGAAUAAGAUCAAUGACGGUGAUGACGUGGCGGUUGUAUAUGAGAAGAUGGAUGAGUGGAUGAAAGAUUCAGUGGUGGAGAUUGUGAAGAAUUUACGAGAAGCGCCUUUGUUAGUCCAGGUUUACGAUAAAGGAGAAACGACGACGUUGAAGACGGAAAAGGCAGUGGAGGAAGAAACGUGGCCAUUGGUGAUGGAAAGAUGGGGGAAAAGAGAAGCGCCAUUACCUGAAGGGUUGAUAUUCGUGGAGCAAUUGGAGAAAGACGAGGAAGAGGAAGAGAAAGAGGAAGAGGAAGCGGAAGCGACGACGAGGGCGUGGGGAGUAGUGAUACAGGGGAAAGGGGUGGAUUGUGGGCCGGUGUGUUACUUGUUGAAGACGAGCAGAGCUAGGUCAUCAGGGAUGGGAGCCUGCUGCACCCACUUCUGCUUGAUGAGGGUGAAGAAUUUUAGGGAAAGUGCGAGGUCCCAGCUCAAGAAUUGCUGGUUGCUACAAGGCCAAUAAACCAUUGAGUUAAUGUGAUUAAUUACUUUUUCAUAAACCAUUUGUGUUAUUUUGAUAUUUGGUUUAUGUUGUAAAUGAUUUUUAUUUAUAGGAACUGAAUUAUUACUUAAUUGUAAUAAGACUAUCAUCUCAUCAAUUCUUAUGCGACUUUUUAA